AUGUCUGAGCGCGUUGCACGCAACUUUGGCUUAUCCGCUAUGACGCCGGACGGCAAGGUCUCAUCGUCGACCAACCCGAAGUACAAUAACUUCAACUCGGACCUUGAGACCAAUGCUCUACGAGUAUCCAUCGAUUUCAUUAACUUGGAGUUGAGAAUUGUUACCCUUGACGAUUCUGCCGAUAUCGAUUUAAUCGAUCUGGAUUCGGAAAUCAAGGUUACUCGUGGCGCCUUCAUCGACCCUUCGGAUGAUCCUGCUCCUGUGAUUUCCUCUUGCAGUGACCUCAUUGACUUGAGGUCUCACAUUGAAACUACAAAUCCGAAUGAUGACACCUCCCCUGAGACCGAGGACACCAAUAUCCCUCGCAAACGCACAACCGACCUCAUCAACUUGGAUUUCGACAAUGUUAUUCCAGUCGACAUGGACAUGGUUCACUCUACCUACAAUUCUGGAGUCGAUUCAGAAUUGUGGUGCUACAAAUCCACUUGGAACUCGAUUACUUCAAAGAACUUAUUGAGGUUGAAUUCCCAAAACGAAUGGCUGGGUCUAUUUGGUCUCAUUGACUGGUGGUUCGACCAUGUAGAUCUGGAAAAUUACGAGGAUGAUGACUACAUUGAAUGA